AUGGAGUUGAAUAUGAACACUCUCUACGAUGAUCUGAUGAAACUCUGUUCAGUCGACGAUACUUUUUACUACAAAGAUGUCCGCCUCCAAUCAGUUUCGUAUCGGAUUUUUAACUAUCGCCUUUGUACUUAUGCAGCAUUUCAGUCGCGUCCAGCAGCGUUGAACUGUCGUGGAACAAUGUUCAAUAUAACAAAUCCGAAGCAAAUUGAACUUGUUUCUCUACCAUUAGAAAAAUUCUUUAACUAUAACGAAGGUUUUGGUCGGCAACAAUUCCAUCAACGCGGUCGAUUCGGUGAUAAAAUGGAAAAAAUGGAUGGAACAUUGAUCUCAACAUUUCUCCAUCGAACAACUGCAAAUCAAAUAUCAGUUCGCUUGAAAUCCAAACAAUCGCUUAUCUCUAAACAGGCCACCGAAGCAGCAGGGUUGCUCACAGGUCAGCUUCAAACUGAAGUGGAAUAUUUAGCUCGUCAGAAGUACACUGUAAAUAUCGAAUACACAUCACCAACAAAUCAUGUCGUUGUUUCCUAUCCCGAAGCAAAACUUAGUAUUCUUUCCAUCCGCUCACAUGAAACUGGCGAAUCGUACUAUGGUACUCGAUUACGAACAUUUUUCCUUGAAAACCACUUUCCAACCAUGCUCAGCCAUAUUGUUUCAUUUCAAUCCGUUCCAACACAUGUGUCACAUCAAGAUUUACUUGAUAGCAUUACACAAGAGUCGUAUGGUGAAGGUUACGUAGUUGAAAUCAUUCACCCGAAUUGUUCUCCGUAUCUUGUGAAGAUCAAAACACAAAAAUAUCUUGGUUUACAUCGAGAUGGUGCGAAUGCAAACUCUGAUCGAUCUCUAUUCGAAGCUAUCAUUCAAGAGGAAGCCGACGAUCUAAGAGGAUUGUACCAACAUGAUCCCGAAACAUUGCAAAAAAUCGAUGCCAUGGAACAACAUGUUCGACCGAUAUACAACCAUAUGAUUGAAUCAAUAGAACAGUUUUAUCAAAAAUACAAGCAUCUACCAAAAAAUACUUAUAAAAGAAUCAUUUCUCAAACAUGUAAUAUGGAAAUAUACUCUCCAUUAUUAUUGAGACUACACGAUGGUGCAGACAACGAUUAUAAAGGGUUUGCAAUGAAACAUGCAAAAGAUUUAUUCGGAAUCGAUAACAAUGAUGAAACAACGCGAAAAUAG